ACGACCAGUAUCAUGCUCUAGUACGUUCUGGUUGCACAUACUAUGCUUCUUUCAACAUGCGCUGGUCGUUCCAGCAGGCCGCGCAUGAGCUCUGUUAGGAUUGCAAAGCUUCGGGCGCAUUGCCGUCCGGAAUCUUUAGCACCAAUCCAAUGGAGAUUCUACGCGACAGAGACUGCUGUGCCGAAAGCAGAGCGCUCUGAAGGGUCGGCAUCACGCUUGAAAAACUCGAAAGCUCGGUUCAAUGAAAUAGGGGUCCAACAACUCAGCAGCCAUGUCUUCUCCCAGAUCUUUCCCGUUAAAAGCCCGCCGCCUCCUCAGGAACUGGUGGACCUCUCGAAGGACCAUCUGCGGCGGCAUGAUUUACUAGGGAAGAAUACAGACAAUACCCCACCCAUUUCGUUUGACCUCCCGGAGUUGCAAGGAACCACACUUGACGAACACUUCUAUAAACUUGGCUCAGAUGCGGCGGAGCCAUAUCUCACAAAGGCGAAGCAAUUCACACGAGCGAAUGCCCCUCCGAAGCCGCGGAAAUGGGUACAGAGGAGUGGAUGGACAAAAUACUACAGCGACGGCAGGACGGAGGCAGUGGAUGCGCCCCAGGAGGAAAUGCUGUGUUUCGAUACUGAGGUUAUGUGGAAAGAGAGUUCAUUUGCUGUAAUGGCAUGUGCUGUUAGUCCCACGAAUUGGUACGCCUGGUUGUCGCCGUGGUUACUUGGGGAAUCGGAGAACGACCGACAGCUCAUCCCCCUUGGAGAUCCGACCAAGCCUAGGAUUAUCGUCGGACAUAAUAUUGGCUACGAUCGGGCGAGAAUAGCUGAGGAGUAUGAUAUCAAGCAGUCGAAGAAUUUCUUCCUAGAUACAAUGUCUUUGCACGUAGCCGUUAAUGGGAUGUGCUCCCGCCAAAGACCGACGUGGAUGAAGCAUAGGAAAAAUCGAGAAUUGAGGGAUAAGAUUGCCGGGGAGACAGAUAAUGCGGAAUUGGCGACCUUGCUCGGCGACAAAGCUUUGACUGAAGAGGAGGAAGACUUGUGGGUUGGGAGAAGCUCAGUCAAUUCAUUGCGGGAUGUGGCAAAGUUCCACUUAGAUGUCACAAUCGACAAAGCGCAGAGAGACCAAUUUGGUGAGUUGGACCGAGCCGGUGUACGAGAGAAGCUUGAUGAGCUCCUGGAUUACUGCGCCGCCGACGUGGCUAUUACGCAUAGGGUCUACAAGAUUGUAUUCUCCAAUUUCAUCGAGGUCUGCCCUCAUCCUGUCAGUUUUGCUGCCUUGAGGCAUCUCUCCUCAGUCAUACUCCCCGUGAACAAGUCUUGGGAGGAAUACAUCGCCAACGCUGAAGCAACAUAUCAUAAGCUGUCUGACGCUGUGCAAGAACGACUCAUAUCGCUUACGGAAAAGGCUCUGGAAAUCAAAGGAGAUUCCGAGAAGUGGAGCAAUGAUCCAUGGCUAAAACAAUUAGAUUGGUCUGGCCAAGAGAUAAAGAUGGUUAAGGGAAAGAAGAAGAAUGACCCUCCAAGACCGGCUGCCAGACAAAAGAUGCCUGGAAUGCCAAAGUGGUAUAAAGAUCUUUUUGUCAAAAAGGAUGGCCCCAUUGGGCUGUCAGUUCGGACUCGCAUUGUGCCCCUUUUGCUGCGCCUGGCAUGGGAUGGCCAUCCUCUUGUCUGGUCAGACAAGUACGGAUGGACUUUCAGAGUAUCACUUAAGGAGGCUCAGAAGUACAGGGAGAAACAAAUGCCGGAAUGCAAAGACUUUGAUGAGAAGGACUUUGCCCUACGAGAUGACAGGGCCGGUGUUUACUUUAAGGUGCCACACAAAGAUGGGCCUGCUGCUCGAUGUGCUAACCCACUGGCAAAGGGCUACAUGCCCUACUUUGAAAAGGGUGUUCUGUCUUCUGAGUUCGACUACGCGAAGGAGGCAAUCGAGAUGAACUCUUCGUGCUCGUAUUGGAUCAGUGCAAGGGACAGGAUCAUGUCCCAGAUGGUUGUCUAUGAGAGCGACGGUGCGAAAGGACCUGCCCAAGAAGCCAGCAAAUCUGAGACCGGCUAUAUCUUGCCCCAAGUUAUUCCUAUGGGCACUGUUACUAGACGAGCGGUCGAGAAUACCUGGCUUACAGCGAGCAAUGCGAAAGCCAAUCGUGUCGGCUCAGAACUAAAAUCUAUGGUCAAGGCACCUCCAGGGUAUUGCUUCGUUGGAGCAGAUGUGGACUCUGAAGAGCUUUGGAUUGCUAGUCUUGUCGGUGAUGCACAGUUCAAGCUACAUGGUGGUAACGCCGUUGGCUUCAUGACUCUGGAGGGAACGAAAGCAGCCGGGACGGAUCUACAUUCACGGACUGCUUCAAUAUUAGGAAUCACCAGAAAUGAUGCUAAGGUUUUUAAUUACGGACGUAUCUACGGAGCUGGCCUCAAAUUUGCGUCUACUCUGCUCAGGCAGUUCAAUCCAGGGCUAUCCGAAGCCGAGACCACCAAAGUUGCUACAAACCUGUACAAAGCGACUAAAGGGACCAAGACAAGCCGGAAGACACUUCACAAACGUGCUUUCUGGCGCGGUGGAACGGAAUCCUUUGUUUUCAACAAACUUGAAGAAUUCGCUGAGCAGGAACGUCCCCGUACUCCCGUCCUGGGAGCCGGCAUCACCGAAGCGCUCAUGUCACGAUUCGUUAGCCAGGGCGGAUUCAUGACCUCGCGUAUCAAUUGGGCCAUCCAAUCUUCCGGCGUCGACUACCUCCACCUGGUGAUUAUCUCGAUGGACUACCUCAUCCGUCGUUUCAACAUCGAUGCCCGCCUCGCCAUCACCGUUCACGAUGAGAUCCGCUACCUCGUUCGCGAUGAGGACAAAUACCGUGCCGCCAUGGCCUUGCAAGUCUCUAAUGUUUGGACAAGAGCUAUGUUCUCGCAGCAGAUGGGGAUCAACGAUCUACCUCAAUCCUGCGCCUAUUUCUCCGCCGUUGACAUUGACCAUGUACUGAGGAAGGAAGUGGAUAUGGAUUGCAUCACACCUUCCCACCGAACUAAAAUCCCACACGGCGAAUCCCUCGACAUCACCACCCUCCUCUCCAAACCCUCCUCCUACCUCGACCCCACCAUUAUCCCGCACGACCCACCUAAGCUCUCACACAUCAAAUACACGCCCCGCGUCCCCGUAAUGGAGACCCUCCAAUCCGCGAACUCUUCUCUAACCUUCCUCAAAGCGCAAAUCACAGCCGACGACAACGAGCUGCGCGACAUCAUCAAAGAGCAGCGCCAACUGGAUCUCGAGAAAGCCCCCAAACCCGAUCCCAAAUACGCAAAGGACAAGAAACCUCAACGUACGAUCCUGCCAUAUCAAGCAUAUGCGGAACCCAUGAUCGUCAGUGAUGUCUUGGCGCCUAACCGUUUCCGCACCAACACAUUCGAGAACGGGAACCCGAAGGCCAGGAGCUGGGCGUGGGAGGGCCGCCAUGUUGGCGGUAAGGGUGCGAGACCUAUUCCUACCAGCCGUUGGUAA